CUUAGAAGCUAUAGAGUUGCAUUCAACACCUACCUUUCCAAUCACAUGAGGAGUGCGUAGUCUGCAUAUAUAUAAUGAGAUAGGUAAAGGCAAGGGUAACAUGCACAGAAAUGAGAACUUCCACUCAUCACUAGUGGCCUUAGGUAUCGAAAAGAAGCCCUCUUUCUGUUUGGCCUUUAUCUAUAGAUCUUUCUCUACUCGUACUAAUUUCAACCUCUGUCUCUCAAAAUUGAAAUGCUUUCCCACGACUCUACCAUCCUCUCCGCCUUCCAAACAUGACCACAAUCGUCAUCCAUCAUCGUCAUCGUCAUCAUCCAUUUCUUCUACCUCGUCAGUCCUCAUCAAGAACUUCAACUCCCUCUACGACCUCACUUCUGAUUCCACCUCCAAAUCGCUCACCCGCACGACCGACGACUUUUUAUCCACCUCCGAGGAUUCUGUUGACUCAGAAUCACCUCCUGAUUUCGCCACCGUCUUUGCCUCCCAACGCUUCUUCUUCUCAUCCCCUGGCCGCUCGAACUCCAUUUUCGAGGCCUCGGAGUCCCCGCCGGAGUCUGACUCAAUUGUCAACGGAGGUGUCGCGGUUCAUACUUACUCACCCAACCCGUACGAGGAUUUCCGGCGAUCAAUGCAGGAGAUGGCGGAAGCGAGAGAGUUGAGGGACGUGGCGGCUGAUUGGGACUACUUGCAUGAGCUGCUCCUCUGCUAUCUCACACUCAACCCCAAACACACCCACAAGUUCAUCAUCCGCGCUUUCGCCGACCUUAUCGUUUGCCUCAUGUCCUCAACCGCCUCAGAUGGCCGCCGGGGCUCAGCCGGCCCGCAAAGACACGGUGCUUCCCAGUGGUUCGCUUAAGUUUUUAUUAUUAUUAUAUUUAGGAAGCUAUUUUGGAAGGAGGUGAAUUUCCAAGAGACCAGUAAAUAGGGUUUGUCUUUGUUGUGAAGGAUGUUUCUUCCAUGAAGACAAAGCAAAAAUGCCUUGAAAUGAGAAAACUAAGGAAGCGUGGGAUGUUAGUGUGUCUCGAUGCAUGUCAUUUUUCUAGCUUUGUUUCUCUUCAAAAGCUGUGCUUUCUCUCUUGUACUACGCCAUGCAGCAGUAGCAGUACUAGCAGUCCCCAGUUAAAUAAUUGUGCUUCUAUUGCUAAAUCUGGUUUCGCUCAUUGUCAAAACUAUUCGGCAUGACAAAAUAAGUUUGUCCACACCUUUGUUUGAAAAAUCUUUCCAUCUUUGAAAUUUACCCUUUUCAAUAAAGUCAUUGGUAUGCAAUUUC